AUGGACGUAUAUGUCCAGAUCACGGGUCUAGACUCAGGGAAAACGCGCGGAGUCAAGGCGCUGCUCGAUAGCGGCUGCAGUACCUGUUGCAUCGAUACCGACUACGCACGGGCGGAGAAGUUGGAUAUUCAAGAGCUUCCACAACCCAUUGUGGCCCGUAACGCCGACAACACCGAGAACAUCAGCGGUCGGAUCACGCAUUACGUUGACCUAAGGAUGAGAAUCGGCCCUCACGUGGAGACACGCACGUUCCUUCUGACGUGUUUAGGGAAAGCUCGGAUCUUCAUUGGUCUUGAUUGGCUGACGGAACACAACCCCGAGGUGGAUUGGCAGGAGCAAACCAUGAGAUUCAGCCGAUGCCCAGAGCGGUGUCACAUGAGGGGUCACGAGGAACAUCAAGCAAUGAUCGACAUGGAUGCAAUCGACCUGGACACGGGCACGCCGGAUCUGGAAGAGGGAGAAUCGAUCCUGUUGGUCGAUUUUGGGAAGGAAGUGGAUCUGCGGCUGAAGGAAACGCCGGCGCAGAAAUUCGCAGAAGAAGCGGAAAAAGAGAAGGAGAGGAUGACCAAGGGGAAGAUUCCGGAUCAAUAUCGGGAAUUUGUCAAGGUAUUCGCCAAGGAAUCGUUCAACUCGCUACAACCAUUCAAAGUCACUCAAGGAGUACGCCAAGGCAACCCACUUUCAUGCUUACUUUUCAAUCUUGCCAUAGAACCACUGGCGGAAUCACUACGUCAAUCAAACCUAAAAGGAAUAAAAAUAAAAAGCAAGGUAGAAAGAUUAAUUGCAACCCUAUUUGCGGACGACACAAUAGUAUACCUCGAUGCAGUGAAAUGCUGA